GUGCCAUUCGGCUUUAACGCGGCAAAACUAUCAUUGUCAGUUAAUUUUUUUUCAUAAGACAAACAGUGAAUAAAGUCCCAAACUGAUCGAAGACAUACUUUACUUUUUAAUGAGGUGUAUAUUUCAUUUAAACAUGUAUCUUUUUGCAAGCUUGGCACCAUUGUUAUUUAUUAUGAACUUACUUUAAAUUUAAAAAUGCCAUGUAACACGGUAUACUAAAUCCUUAAGCUGUUAUCAAGAAAUAGCGUUCCAAACAGACGUGAAAACCAGUCUGAGUUAUCUCAAAACACCUUUGUAGAUACUUGAUCAUUUCUUGGAGAAUUUGCAUCAUGUGAAUUUAAUCGCUUUGUAACAGCUGUUGAACUUGUUCUGCGUGAUAAAUAAUCUUUCCAUAUAGUAAUGAAUUUACAAAAUUUUAUUUGAAUAUUUUCGUAAAUAUCUUAAAUUCAAGAAGGCUUAGGCGUUGUAUUUUUUUUAAUUUAGAUCGAAAAUGUUUGAUUAAUGAUUGCAAAAUAAAAAAAAAAUGUGUAUUUUUUUGCAAUGCGUUUUCUUUGCGACAAUAAGUGUCAUGAAUGUUGGGGGUAAAACUUCUCUGAAACGAAGACUUGGAGUAUUGGAACAGAGGAUGAAUGUGAUGGAAGUUCGCAUGAAUACUGACAAUGAAAAAACGAUUUCCCUGGAACAAGAUAUAGAGGCACUAAAUACGUCGCUUGUCUAUACAAAGGAUCAAGUUUGUUCCAAUAAAAUGAAAAAAGGAGACGGACAGGAGGUAAAAAGUCACUCUGAUAGGGUGAUUGACAUCCACAGAUUUAGUAAAGCACGUGUAUCUGUAGAUUUUGCGAAUGAAAAGAAAUGGCUACGUGAGAAAAUGGUGGUAUUUGAAAACGUCAUACAGGAACAAGGACAAUUGAUAAACAUAAGCAUUUCUGAAAUCAGAAGUAAUUUAAGAAGUCACGAACAAGCAGUAAAUACAAAAGUUGUUGAUGGAUUGCAAACAAACUUUAACACGAUGAACGCCAGUAUGAUCAAUAUUGUAAAAGAUAUAGGAAGUAAUAUGUCAUCUCUCAGUUCAGAAAUUGUGGACAUUAAAGAUAAAGUAGUGGCAGUUGAAAAUGAAAUAAACGAACAAGAAGUCCGAAUAGACAGUCACAAACAAGCAAUACAUAAUAUAUUAAACGUUCAAAGUGCAGAAAUUAAGGAUAAAUUGCAAACGAAAUUUAACAUGAUAAAUGCCAGUAUGAUCAGUAUGAAAAAAGACAUAGAAAGUAAUAUGUCAUCUCUCAGUUCAGAAAUUGCGGAUAUUAAAGACAUUGUAAAUGCCGAAAUCCAAGAGAUUUACACCCCUCUGUUACAAAAGUUAAGUGCUGAAAUCCAAGAGAAGGACAAGCUUAUUAAUGAACAAAGACUUGAAAUAGGCAAUCUAAAACAAAGUGUAGACCAAAUGAGUGGCUUUUUGUUACCAUGUCCCACAGGGUGGACUAAAUUCAAAUCAUAUUGUUACUUGUACGUUAAGGAUAGGAUGCCGUACUAUACAGCACGAGAAAGAUGUUCAUCACAAGGAGCAAGUGUAGCUGAUAUCCAAAGCAAGGGGGAGAAUGAUUUCAUCGUUAAAUUGUGUACAGACAGUGGACAAAAAUUUGUUAAUACGUUGGACACGGUCUGGAUAGGAAUUACUGAUGAAGUAACAGAGAAUGUGUGGAUAUCUGACAGGACGGGCAAACAGGCAACGUACACCAGAAGAACAAGAACAAUGGUACAAGAGGAAUAGCCACGUUUUUAAUACGCUGCUUUCGUAAAAUAUAACCCGACAACAGCGUAUGCCUGGAAGUGUAAACGAUAGACAGCUACACAAAAGAAUGUAAUACUCAUUAUUGAUGUGACUGGAAUAUAGGAACAUUUUAUAACUAUAUUUGAAUCACUGUUUCUAAAAUUAAACUGACAUGUCUAAUUAAAACAAUUUUUGUGUACUUCGACGACAUAAAAGUGAAAGUUUCCUUAUUUUGCUUAAUAUCUGAACUACGUAUAAAAAUUGCUUUAAAAUGUCAUAUUGUACUUUCCUUUUAAAUAUAAUGCAUUUUUAGAAAGAACAACGUAAGAUAAUUUGAGUUUCAUGUUCCGAUUAUUCAUCGGUCGAUUUGUCACGUGCUUUCGCGACAUCACAUAUUAAUCAUAUAGGGACUGUCAAAGCAAGUAUCAAUUUGAUGAAAAAAAUCUCUUUCUGUUCACUUAAUUUGCGGAAUAAUUAAGUUAAGAUAAAUCAUAGAUCUAUGUCUUUAAAAUAUACCGGAGUAUCCACUGAAACAUUUUAGGCAGUCAUAGAAUAUACAUGUAUUUGGCGACUACUUCAUUGUCAGAUGGCUUCUCACCACAAUAUUCCAGUUAUUACAGGAUAACCUUAACUCAUGACUCGUAUAAACGCAUUCGUAACCAUGAGUCCAAGUCGCAAAUGUGACAUACUGUCCUAAAACAGGCUUUAGAUCUCUUCAUCAGACAAAGGAUUGCCUAUCACAGUCUCUUCACCGGAAGUGAGCAUUUAAAAGAACUUUAUUCCAUUAAUCAGUAUAGCAAUUGGUCCUAUCUGACGAGACAUGGGGAGUCGGAGGCGUUUCCUCAGAGCUAAAGGUUUCUGUGCGCGACAAAUGAUAUCAUCUGAAAAGUCUAAUAGUAAAUGGCUGUUACAACUGAUAGUUCUGGCUUACGCUUGUUGUCUUUAAAGUUUCAAACAAAAACAUGUCACUCUGUAAAAAUGAUGUAUACUUGAUCAUUAAAUUUACCUUUACCCUUGCUAAAUUUAUAAAAUGAACUGGUCCAUCAUUCAGUUGGGGCAAUACCAUUUAUUAUUCGAACAGGUGUUCACUGAAUAUUUACUGACGAAAAUUAAUCAUCAUAUUUUAAUGAAUAUGAUAUGAAAAAAAAUAACCAUCGUGUUGAAAACAAUAAUUUCUAUUUAAUAUACAUUAAAAUAGUUGAAAAAAAAGCCAUUUGUUUACAAUAACACCUAGCGAAACAACUACAACACAUUUUCCAUCUCUGUCCAAGGAAACAAAAAUCAUUCUCUAAAACCAAAGAAAGUAUAGUUAAUGUGUCACUGCUGUGUAUAGUGAAAACACGAAAAAUUGGUUUUAUUGACAACCAAUAUCCGCUAAUACCGUAAUAAUGACAAGUUCACAGCAAUAACGGAUCAUUGUGUUUCAUCUAUAAAACACUUUAUAUUACAUUAGAAAGCACACAAUAAGUUCAAAAUAUCAUUGAUAUCAAGUUGCAGAGUCAAUCACGAAACAUACCUGCGGCAACAAAAUCCAAAACGGAAAAAAUAUUAACUUAAGUUUAUCACAAAUGGUCAUAUUGAUAACCUUCAUCUUAAUUAUUUUGAGCGUGUGCGUCUGUUAAAUAGAACACGUGCGUCAGAUAGAUAUAGCGUAUGCAUCUAUUAAAUAAAGCGUAUGCAUCUGUUAAAUAGAGCUAUGUGUCGGAUAGAUAUAGCGUAAGCGUCUGUUAUAUAGCGUUUGCGUCUGUUAAGUAAAGCAUAUGCGUGUUCGUUAGAUAUAACGUAUGCGUCUGUUAAAUGGAAUUUAUGUGUCUGUUAGAUAUAGCGUGUUUGUUGAAUAAAGCGUAUGCAUCUGUUAAACCGGGUGUAUGCGUCUGUUAGAUGUAGCAUAUGCAUCUUUUAGAUAUAGCUUUUGCGUCUGUUAAAUAGAGCAUAUUUGUCUGUUACACAUACCGUAUGCGUCUGUUAAACAAAGCGAAUAUGUCUGAUAAAGAGGACGUGUAUGUUAAAUAGAAUAUACGUGUCUGUUAAAUAAAGCAAAAUUGUGUCAGUUAAGUAGAACGUAUGCAUAUGUUAAAUAGAGUGUAUAUGGUUGUUAUAUAGCAUUAUGUCUCUGUUCAAUAGAGCGUAUGUGUGUGUGUUCAAAAGAACGUAUGUGUCCGUUAAGAAGAGCGUAUGCUUAUCUUGAACAGAGCGUUUGAUCUUUUGAGUAGAGCGUGUCUGUUAAAUACAGCGUUUGAGUCCGUGUAAUAGAGCGUAUGUGUCCGUUUAAUAGAAGUAUAUAUUGACCAUAAAUAGAGCAGAUGUGUAAUUUAAACAGAGCGUAUACGUCUGUUAAAUAGAGAGUAUGUUUCUGUUAGAUAGAGCAUAUCCUUUCCGCACCUGUAACGUAAUAAUAUUAGCAUCUGGUGGCCCUUUCAUGCUUCCGUAGAAUAAACAUUUAUUAUACGAAAUUCAUUUUGAAAAUAUUACUGAAAUGUCUAUGUCAGCAGCUCUCAAAUACGGAAAUAUCUUACAUCCUAAGCAUAUACUGACACUUUCAGACAUCAAAUAGGACCUUUUGGGCGAUUUGACGAAGUUCCAAAAACCUCUAUAUACCAUUGCUCCGUUACGGAACCGUGUGGGAUUUGUGUUUAUUCCGAUUUCAGAUAUGUUUUCGUAUAUGAAAAGCUGACAUGUCGUGCUAAAGCCCGGGUAUUUUCAAAUUGUUAGAAAAUGGUGAAAAUGACACCCCGUUAGCAAAGAAUAAAAUACAAAAUAAUAAUGAAGUCCACGCGCAUACAUUUUGACGGGGUGAACCCUGCGCGUGACCCCUGACUAUCGACCAAUGCAAAGGCGACUUUCGUUUUCAAGUUUAGCCUGUCUACUCUAAUUUUUUUAACUUCCGGAAAUAGCUGAAGGUCGAGUGACGUCAUUUUCUGUGUUGUCACAAACAUACCUAUGUCUGGCGAGAUUGCAUAAAAAUGUGCCCGGUGUCCUAUGGAUAUGUGUCUGUUCAAUGGAACGUAUAUGCUUGUUAAAUACAUCUUACGUGCUUGUUAAAAAGUGCUUAUGUGUCUGUUAAAUAGUGCGUAUCUGUUAAAUAGAACGCAUGCUCCUGUUCAAAAGAGCUAAUAUAUGUUUAGGUGUCUAUUAAAUAGAGCGUAUACAUGUGUCUGUUAGAUACGUAGAGCGCAUUUCUUUUGCUAAAUAUUUUUAAUUCAAAAUGUCAUGUAUAACACUUAAUGUUAUAUUUAGAAAAAAAAACAUAGUAUAUAAGUAUAAGAAAAAAUUCCUAUUUGUUUCUUUUUUUGGCUCAAAAACAUAAAUAACAUGAUUUACAUUUCAAAAUAUUUAGAAGAAUUUCAGUCUGUUUUUGUCGUUUCAUGUAUAGCCGUUG